AUCUCGUCAUCUAUCGGCCUGCUGCACCCCUCGCAAGAUAUGGAGUACGACGACGUCCUGACCAACCAGCCCGUUGUCAUCGACAAUGGCUCUGGUGUCAUCAAAGCCGGAUUUGCCGGAGAAUCGGUGCCCAAGUGCUUCUUUUCAUCCUGCGUCGGCCGCCCGAAGCACAUUCGGAUCAUGGCUGGUGCCGUCGAGGGCGACAACUUCAUCGGCAAGAAGGCUCAGGAGCUCCGUGGACUGCUGAAAAUCAAGUACCCCAUGGAGCAUGGCAUCAUCACGGACUGGGACGAUAUGGAGCGGAUCUGGAACUACAUUUACUCGGAAGAGCUCAAGACCUUGCCUGAAGAACACCCCGUCCUGCUGACUGAGGCGCCCCUCAACCCGAGGACCCAUCGCGAGAUGGCUGCCCAGAUCUUCUUCGAGACCUUCAACGUCCCGGCGAUGUUCAUGUCGAUCCAGGCGGUCCUGGCCCUAUAUGCCUCCGGCCGAACCACCGGUAUCGUUCUCGACUCUGGCGACGGCGUCACCCAUGCUGUCCCAGUCUAUGAAGGCUUUGCGCUUCCUCAUGCCGUUCGCCGUGUCGAUAUUGCUGGACGCGAUGUCACCGAUCAUCUGCAGCUUCUGCUCCGAAAAUCGGGUCACCACUUCCACACUUCGGCCGAGCGCGAGGUCGUCCGGUUAAUCAAGGAAAAGUCGUGCUACGUCGCCCUCAACCCAGCCAAGGAGGAGAAGGAGGCCAACAACAAGCAGGACGAGUUUGUCUUGCCCGAUGGCAACAGCAUCAAGCUUGGCGCCGAGCGGUUCCGUGCCCCCGAGAUUCUGUUCAACCCCGAAAUCGUGGGACUGGAGUAUGCCGGCAUCCACCAGGUUGUGGCCGAUUCGAUCAACAAGGCCGAUAUGGACCUGCGAAAGGCACUUUUCUCGAACAUUGUGCUGUCGGGUGGAUCAACCCUUACCAACGGCUUCGGCGAUCGAUUGCUGAACGAGAUCAAGAAGCUGGCCCUCAAGGAUGUCAAAAUCAAGAUUUAUGCUCCCCCGGAGCGCAAAUAUUCGACUUGGAUUGGUGGAAGUAUUCUGGCGUCGCUCGGCACCUUCAAGAAGAUGUGGGUCUCGUCCGAGGAGUACCAGGAGGACCCGGACAUUAUCCACAAGAAGAUGAUGAACUAGAGGGACCCGCUGGGAGGAAGAAGGGGGGGGGGCAGCCUCGGCAGCCUCAGCAGAUCAACAGACGCAAAGGGUGGAGGCGGUGUAGCUCGAAAACGCUGUCGACUCGGGUGAACAUCGGGCA